AUGUCAACACGAUCCCCCCUACUUAACCUCCCUGCUGAACUGCGAAACCCUAUCUACAAAUUCGUGCUCUCUGCAUCAGCUCCGCUCUCUAUUCACUCGCCUCAAGUAUCCCGCCGCUUUGAAGAGUACAAGAAAUACGACCUUGAUCUCGACACUUUCAACUCUGGGUCGAGUCACGCCGAUUUCAAUAAAAUCAAGUAUGUGAAUAAGCAGCUCUACUGCGAGACCACAGGUCUGGAGUUCAAGUACAAUGAGACCAAGAUUGAAUAG